CACAUACCUGUCGAUUAUCGGAGACGAAGUAAUCAAUCAUUCUAGAAAAGGCGGCUUUGACAGUCGCUUUGCAAGCGGAUUGUCCUCCUCCCAAAGCCUUUGCAACUCACCCACCAAAAUUGGCUUGAGCAGCGUCCCCAAGCUCUCCAGUCUUGCAAGAGCGAUGUCCGCUUCCCGGCUUUUCGCUCCCUUUGGCACAGGCCAAUUAUUCCAUACAUCCAGUGAAAGCCGGGGCACACUUUCCUUUUGGUCCGUCACAUCGAGUCGGACGUGGCGGCCUAUCCAACUGCCUACUGUGCUCCGCUCGCGCCUUCGAUCCGUCCACACCUCCGCGAGACCGCUCCUUUACCCCCACCUGACACAAUCCUCCGCAAGACGCGCGACAGCAUCCAUCUUUUUCAGGCCCUCCAGCCUCAGAUCCUCCGGCCGUUCCACCCGCCGCUGGAAUUCCACCAACUCAUCUCCUCCAAAACCGCCCAGCUUUUCUGAGCGCAUGCGCAAGUUAUCCCGUGAGUACGGAUGGUCCGCAUUGGGAAUAUAUCUACUUCUGUCAGCACUUGACUUUCCCUUCUGCUUUGCGGCCGUUAGGCUAUUGGGUGUUGAGAGGAUCGGACACUAUGAACAUGUUGUCGUUGAGUCUAUGAAGAACAUCCUCAGGCCAAUUUUUGGCGCCAGAAAGGAUACAACAGAAAACCUUUAUGGGGGUGAUGUUGCAAUGGCUACAAGCGUUGAAAGAACUGCAUUAGAUCAUGGAGUAAUGAAGGCUGGAGGCAAACCCGCCGGCGAGGAAGCUAGUAUUUGGACUCAGCUGGCAUUAGCCUAUGCAGUGCAUAAGAGUCUAAUUUUCCUUCGAGUUCCACUCACUGCCGCUGUCACCCCGAAAGUUGUAAAAACCCUAAGACGCUGGGGUUGGGAUAUUGGCAGGCGGAAACCGAAAAGUGGGUAGAUAAGAUUCCGCUCAAAGAGGUCCAGCUUUUAAAGAGUCAGGAGUUGGCUCGAGCAAUGACGUGUUGCAAAAGCAUCCCAGUUCAAAAUUCCUCAUGGGACAUUGGUCCUCCCAUCCCAAGAGACCAAAAUAUACCGCCAUAGAACCGCCUAUUGCCCCACUCAUUACACAGACAUUUUGAGCGACACUUUGACAUACACAUUAGACCUUUCGUCAUACCUGCAAACAUCUCCUGUAUUUAUCCAUAUGUGUACUAU